AUAUAUGCGUGGUAGUGUGCGAUGCGAAAAAUCAGCUGCUCGAGUCGCUCGAUGGCGGCGGCAAAGAACAUAACACAAGACGUCGGACGUUGACCAUCAGCAGUCUCAUCCGCGUAAUAUCUCCUGCUGCCGUCAUGGCGACGAGCUCAUCUCCGACUACUCCUAUAUAAAACUAUAUACAAACAGACAUACAACCUUAUAUCUCUAAGGAUCUCUAUAUCGUCUAUCUUCAUCCCGUACUAUAUAUCGCGUGUGUACAUAACACGAUGGCCAGCAGCAGCGGAGCAACGGAGGAGGAGGCGAUCGUCGAGCCGGGGGUCGAACCCGGAGCCUCCGCCGAGACGAUGCUCCUCACCGAGGACAGCUUCGACGAGUUCGAGACCAUCAAGCCCGGUAUCAUCCCCGACAUUCAAUCGGAUCCGCCCAAAACACCCUCCGACACCGACCUCGAGAAAUCCGCCUCUCUGGACAACAGUGAUAUGGACGAUCUGUCUCAACAGUUUGGACUGAAUAACUUGGAUGCGGACCCGUUGAGAUGUAAAACCUGGCUUGCCCAGAAGAAGCACAUUUUCGUACUGAGUCAAGCUGGAAAGCCGAUAUACUCUAGGUACAGUUCGGAAGACAAACUAGUCACAGUCAUGGGAGUCAUGCAGGCUCUCGUGUCGUUUGUUCAAGCUGGUAACGACAUGAUUCGAUCUGUACACGCUGGAGACACAAAUUUUGUGUUCAUUGCAAGGGGGCCACUUAUUCUGGUGACUGUUUCAAAGACUCUUGAGAGCGUACCGCAAUUAGUGCUGCAGUUGUCCUAUGUAUAUAAUCAAAUUCUGUCCGUAUUAACGCAAUCUCAAUUGACAAGAGUGUACGAGCAGAGGAGAAAUUUUGAUCUGAGACGAUUAUUGACGGGCAGUGAAAGGCUUAUAGACCAUUUGUUAAAUUUCAUGGAUAGAGAACCAGCGUUUUUCUUAGGCGCUGUCAAAUGUCUACCUCUUUUGCCUGCUAUGCGAGACGCGAUAACGCAGACGAUUGUACAAACAUGCGGGAAAAUAAAGAAUUUGGUCUUUGCAAUACUCUUAGCGAAUAAUCAAUUAAUCACGUUAGUUAGAAUGAAGAAGUUUUACAUACAUCCAGCUGAUCUCCAUUUGAUUCUUAAUUUAGUAGAUAGUUCAGAAUCCUUCAAAACUGCGGAAAGUUGGACACCAAUUUGUUUGCCAAAAUUUGACUCUAAUGGCUUUAUGCAUGCACACGUGUCUUAUUUAGCAGAAGAUUGUCAAGCUUGUUUGUUGCUGCUGACUGUGGAUAGGGACGUUUUCUUUACUCUUUCUGAAGCCAAGCAGAAAAUUGUGGAAAAAUUAAGACGAACAAAUUGUUUGGAAGCGAUAAACGAAUCUAUGAAUAAAGCUUCCAUAACUAUUGCUGAGAUUGGGUUGCCAGAGAUGAGGCAUGUUUUGUACAAAUGUAACAGCACUGCUCAAUUCUGGAGUCCAGGAUUUCAGCCACCUUAUACUACAGAUGAAGAGAUUCAGAGGUUACUUGGGUGCUAUCAAUGUUUGCAUCACAGACUGCAUUCUCCCAGUCGACCGUUGAAACUGAUCUUUCAACAACUAGAUAAGGAGACUAUGCUAGCAUGGGUGACAUCCGGGUUUGAAUUGUAUGUCACUUUUGAACCAUUGGUGACCAAGACAGACGCAAUCAAUUCAAUAGGUAAACUUAUUAAGUGGAUAAAAAAAGAGGAUGAAAGAUUAUUUAUUUUGAAUUCUCCAACGUUUUAAAUAUAGUUAUUACAUGACUCGAUUCGCUUUCAUAAAUUAUAUUUUAAUUUCUUACUGCAGUUUAAGAAAGCAUACAUUUUCUUUCAUCUGUGUAAUAUAUUUUUUUAAGUAUAUAAAAAUCAAGCAGACUGCAUUCCCUAGUAGAAUAUGUAUUGUUCUCUAGAAACGUUGUUUAUAAUGUUGUUAAAAGAUAUAGAUUGUGACGAAUGUGCUGUACAAAUUGUAAUUUGUAAAAACAGAAUGCAGUGGUGAGUUUUUGAGAAUCAAUUUGUAACGCGAACUGAUGAUCAUUAUUAUAUUGUAAAUAAUUAUAAGAAGAAAGAAGUAUAUGUAUUAAUUAAACUUAAUUUCCAAAA